AUGAACGCACGGCUGGCGAAGCUCUACGGGCGACAUGCCCCGAUCUGGAAACGCACCAUCCAGCAGUCAGCCAGAGCUCUUGAACAGAAGGCAGCACUGCGAACAGUCAGGAAUGCGGAUGAUGUUCUACGAGCGACCGGAAAGCUCAAAGGGAAAGUCGCCAAAGAAGCAGCAGAGGCAUUGCCCGAAAUGCUGCGUUCAAUCGGCCAUGUGAUCCUGGAAGCUGAGAGAGAGAUCAAGAUGGCAUGGGAGACCUUUCGGAUCGCUCGACGAAUUGGCCACCUGCAGGAUUGUGCAGAAGGGAACAAACGUCGACCAUAUCAAAGGUCUGCUGCUGGAGGAAAUGCUAGAGCCGUACGUUUUACCCAUGUUUCGUUAUCGUUUUGCCUUCUUGGUGGCCCUGGGAUUGAAAUUCCCAAGGGGCCGACAUUGGAGUUCAUCCCUAGCCGCCUAAUUAAGAAGGAAGUGAAGGCCAGGGGCCAUCCCAUCGAGGCGACCACUGUCCCAAUCCAUACCAAGGGCUUGGGAAGGAUAUCGCAAAAAGUUGGCAAAGUCGGCGGAGCGAGUAGUGCCAUCAACAUAUUCAACGGUACUACAUACACCCACUUUUGUAGGGCGUUGUCUGCGCUGCCUGCUGAUUUUCCUGGGUGCAAACGGUAUCUACACUGCAUGCAGAGCGUCAAUUAG